CUUACUCAGGUCUAAACUAAUCAUUAUAAGAAUAGAGUUGAUUUUGUCGUUUUGGUAAUCAACUUUCCUGAAAUACAGAAUUAAAGUUCCAUUGACUGUAAAGAUCCUGUUGUAAAGAAGUAAUCCAGCAUGUUGUCAUCAUCGGCCAGGAAUGUUCCUGUCCUUACAAACAGACCUCAGGACACAAAGUUCAAACAGCAAAAGUUGCCAGCCUGGCAGCCGAUCAUAACGGCGAGCACCGUUCUGCCACUGCUGUUCAUCGCUGGAAUUGUAUUCAUUCCACUGGGGGUUGCCCUUCUAGUCACUUCCAAUAAUAUAUCUGAGUUGAGGAUUGACUACACAGAUGAGAAUUGCAGAUCAAAUGAAUUUCCACAUGAGACCUGCCAGGAAGUACUUAGGAACAAGACAGGCACCACUUGUAACUGCCUGAUCAAUUUCAAACUGAACACAAGUUUCACAGGCAGGGUGUACCUGUACUAUGGACUGACCAAUUUCCAUCAGAACCACAGAAGGUAUGUGAAGUCCAGAGAUGACCAUCAGCUGUUGGGCAUCAAAUUGGACUUCAACUCACUUUCGAGUGAUUGUGAUCCGUACAGAGGAAAUGGAAGCAGCUUGCAGGCAUACGCACCAUGUGGAGUCAUUGCUAACAGUCUUUUCAAUGACACCUUCAAGCUGUUCUUCCACAACAAGUCAGCAAUCAUUCCAGUUGGACUACUGAGCACGAACAUUGCCUGGUCCACCGAAAAGUCCUCCAAGUACAACAAUCCGCAGGGGUUUCGUGAGAAUCCCGCCCAGGCUUUCAACGGCACCUUGCGCCCACCUAACUGGCCGAAGCCGGUGUACCAGUUGGACGACACCAACCCAGACAACAAUGGAUACGAAAACGAGGACUUGAUGGUUUGGAUGAGAACAGCUGCCCUGCCAAACUUUAGAAAGUUGUACAGAAGGAUCAAUCACACCGAAUUCUUUGAAGGUGGACUGCCUGCUGGCAACUACACCAUCGAAGUUGGAUACUCUUACCCCACCUGGUCAUUUGGUGGCUCCAAGCAGAUUUUCAUCACGACAACUUCUUGGAUAGGUGGAAAGAAUCCAUUCCUGGGGAUUGCUUAUUUGGUUGUCGGAUCUAUCUGCGUUAUUCUCGGAUUUGUCUUCCUGCUGAUCCACUUGAAAUACGACAAGAGUAAGAACACCUUGAAGUUUGAACACCUGUCCAACUAAAACUUGUAUGCAUAAUAAUUCCACACAUUUUUAAUUUGUUUUCUAUUAUUUGUAUAUAUGAAUCAUGUUUGUAAAUAAUGUUACAUUUCCUCACAUCUAGCAUACAUCACAAUGGAAAAUAUUAAUUUAUUAAUUUUACAAAUUUAUAAUUUUUUCAAUUCAUCAACUUUUUAAUUUAUCAAUUUUUAAAGUUUUAAACUAACGAUAUGGUCGUGCUUGCUGUUUUUUAAACUAUAAAAAUCAAAUAAAAUACAAUUAAAUGUAACAUCAUGUUUAUUGAUUGGUUGUUGUUUAAAUCUUUCUAGUUAUCGCUUGUUGAAGUUUAAUAUAUUCUAAAUUGAU